AGCACAACAGCUGCGUCUUCAGAUCAAGGAACCAUACAAACGAUCUUGCAAGAGUUACGUUCUUUGCAAACAAAAUUUGAAAAAUUCGAGGAAAAAUAAUAAAAACUUUGACGGAAGAAGUCGUUGCGUUAAAAACCGAAGUCAAGCAGCAAAGAAAUAUGCGUAAGAAGGAUGAUACGUCUCUAAUACCUUCCUUGCCUUUCAUGGAUGUCAAGGAUUUUAUUGAUUUUGACAAGAAGCUGCUGUUGAACGACAAAAUAACAUCUCAGCUGAAAAAUAUCAUAUAUGGAGUUGGAGGAAAGAAUUUCCCUUCAUUCCUAAGAAUGGCAUUGAAAUCCAUUAUAUCGGAUGCUAUGGCCGUUAAUUUAACUUGGCGUGGAACAAAUGACAAACCCAGUAUCCAACGCUUUACAACAUUUGCACUAAUAAAAAGUAAUAUUUCACAUAAAACUAUAACUCUAAAGAAAUCAAUUAAUUCUAUUUUCCUACAGAUGCCUGUCAUUCCAAAUAUUCGAACUCGACCGAUAUGGAUAUAAAUAAAGUGUGUCAACAGCACAUACAUACUUCACG